AUGUUCGACGUCGGCGGACAGCGGUCGGAGAGGAAGAAGUGGAUACAUUGUUUUGAGAGUGUGACGAGUAUAAUUUUCUGUACGGCGCUGAGCGAGUACGACCAGGUGUUAUUGGAGGAGAGAUCACAGAACCGCAUGCAAGAAUCCCUCGUCCUCUUCGAAUCCGUCAUAAACUCGCGCUGGUUCCUCCGCACAUCCAUCAUCCUCUUCCUGAACAAAAUCGACGUCUUCAAGAACAAACUCCCCAAAGUGCCCCUUGAGCGGUAUUUCUCGGAGUAUGCGGGUGGCCCGGAUAUUAAUAAGGCUGCCAAGUAUAUUUUGUGGAAGUUUAUGCAGGCGAAUAGGGCGCGGUUGAGUGUGUAUCCGCAGUGA